AUGAAGUUUCGCUCCUUGGCACUUAGUUUUCGUGUUUUUCGUAUUCACCAUCCAUCUCAACGACGGCGACGAUCACCAGAACAAAAUGCAUAUAAUAUAUUACCAUUGGAAGAUUUCCCAGAAACAAUUGAGGAAGACGACGACGAUAAUAAUACAAUUCCACCAGACAAUAAAAUUAUGCCAACCGUACCGGAAGGUGAAACAAUAUGUCGAAUUAAACUGCUACGUCCAGAAUUACCACCUGAAAUACAGCCGGAAAAUGUUACUGAUUUACACUGUGCUAUUAAUGUAAAAGAACGUGUUGAAAUUAAUGGUGAAAAACGUUUGAUACAAAAACGGAAAACGAUCCAUCCGGAAUGGAAUGUAUGUUGGGAUACAAGCGUUAUUGAUGGACGAGUAUUACAGAUUAUUCUACUUAAUGGUACCACUCCUAUCGCUGAUGCUACAAUGCGACAGCAGGAUAUCAUAUCAAAAUGCAAAGGAGAAAAUGCAACGCAUGUUUGGAUUAAUUUGAAACCGGCAGGACGUAUUUUUGCUCAAGCUUGUCAUAUCAGCAAUUCUGCAAAAAUAAACGAUCGUCCAAUGGAACUUAAAUCAAGCGGUGAUUCUCUUCAAGGUCCUGGUAUACAACGUCGCCGUGGCGCUAUUAAACAUGCUCGAAUACAUGAAAUUCGUGGACAUCAAUUUGUUGCGACAUUUUUUCGUCAACCAACAUUUUGUUCACUAUGUUCCGAUUUUAUGUGGGGCCUUAAUAAGCAAGGAUAUCAAUGUCAAUUGUGUAGUGCAGCGGUUCAUAAGAAAUGUCAUGAAAAAAUGAUCAGUCAAUGUCCUGGUUCAGCUGAAAAGACCAAAGAUACAAUUUAUUUAAAAGAACGUUUCAAAAUUGAUAUUCCACAUCGUUUUAAACCGUAUAAUUUUAAAAGUCCAACGUUUUGUGAUCAUUGUGGCUCAUUACUUUAUGGUCUUUUUAAGCAAGGACUAAAAUGUGAAGUCUGUGGCGUUGUAUGCCAUCAUAAAUGUCAACGAUAUAUGCCUAACUUAUGUGGUGUUAAUCAAAAGCAACUUUCGCAAGCAUUAUUUGAAAUUAAACGUGGUGCGCAUGGUCAAACAAGUGCUCCAGCUGGUUUUGGUGCAGUGACAUUAUCAGCUGGAUGUAAUGUACCAAUGGAAUCACGUAGCAUUUCCUCAUCAUCAUCAAAUGGUUCAACAUGCAGUGGCUAUAAAUUUCCGGAUCGUUUUAAAGCUUUUUUCCGUUAUCACAAUUAUAAUUUAGAUAAUCAUAGUGAUAAUGAAGAAUAUAUCAAUGCACCAUGGAGUACAGCAGAUGGUAUCAAAAAAUACGGGCUACAGCAUUUUAAUGUUUGCAAAGUGCUUGGAAAAGGAAGUUUUGGAAAAGUAUUAUUGGUGGAACUUAAAAAUAAGGAUGAAUAUUAUGCGAUGAAAUGUCUUAAAAAGGAUGUUAUAUUGGAAGAUGAUGAUACGGAAUGUACGUUUAUCGAACGACGUGUACUUAUUUUGUCAUCUCAAUGUCCAUUCCUUUGCCAGUUAUUCUGUUCUUUUCAAACAAAUGAAUAUUUGUUUUUUGUAAUGGAAUAUCUCAAAGGUGGUGAUCUCAUGCAUCAUAUUCAAGCAAGUAAAAAAUUUGAUGAAAAUCGUUCACGAUUUUAUGCUUGUGAAAUUAUCAUUGCAUUACAGUUUCUUCAUGCACGCGGCAUUAUUUAUAGAGAUUUAAAAUUGGAUAAUAUUUUAUUGGAUUCAGAUGGGCAUAUUCAUUUGGCGGAUUUUGGUAUGUGCAAAACGGAAAUGAAUCGAGAAAAUGGUAUGGCAUCAACAUUUUGCGGUACACCGGAUUAUAUUGCACCUGAGAUAAUUAAAGGCCAAUUAUACAAUGAAGCGGUUGAUUUCUGGUCAUUUGGUGUUUUGCUCUAUGAAAUGUUAAUUGGACAAAGUCCAUUUCAUGGUGAAGGAGAGGAUGAGCUUUUUGAUUCAAUCUUAAAUGAAAGGCCAUAUUUUCCAAAAAGUAUUGGUAAAGAAGCUGCUAAAUGUUUGAGUGCGUUAUUUGAUCGUAAUCCGAAUACUCGUCUUGGUAUGCCAGAAUGUCCAGAUGGUCCAAUACGAACACAUUCAUUCUUUCGUGGUGUUGACUGGAAAAGAUAUGAAGCGCGACAAAUGCCACCUCCGUUUAAACCUUCUGUGAAAUCAGCAAACGACAUUUCCAAUUUUGAUGAUGAUUUUACGCAGGAGAAGCCAACACUUACACCAAUUGCUGAUAAAACAUUGUUAGCAUCAAUUGAUCCGGAGGCUUUCCUGAACUUUUCAUAUACAAAUCCGGAAUUUAGAUGA